GCUUUUCGCCGAAGCCAGCCUCAGGACAAGGCCACGCGGGCGGUCAGCGGUCGACUGACUGUGGCAGGGGUAGGCACUGGCGGUUGGUUCAGUCCUGCAACGACACCAUCAGCCGCAACCCCUUCAAUCCCAUCCGUUACCAGAGAAACAACGGAAAUUCUGCCACGACUACGACGACACCAAACAAUAAACAACAACACAUCCCACCGAGCCCCCGAGUGAACCAACAGCCGGCGGCCUCAUCCGUGCUCCGACGACACAUCCCCGAGUCUCCACCUGCCCCCGCGUUCUGCCACCUCUGCACCGCUUCCAGGUUCCUUGCCCACCCAGAGAAAGGCCGAACACUCAACCCUCCCUUAUCGGUCCCCUAACCCCGACGACACACAUUCCCAGCAUUACGUAUCCCGGUGCUGGCGGGCGAUAGACAGCGCUUUGCUCCACUUUACACCACCGGCUUCACACAACAGCAGACAACAGACAAAAUGAAGCUCUACUACGUCGGCGUGCUGGACAACACCAAGUCCCCCGCCAUCCAGCUAUGCGCCGAGCACGAGCUCAGCGAGUUCUCUCGCUUCACGCGGGAUGAGUAUGGCAAGUUCAUGACCAUGAUCAGCAAGACGGUGGCGGAGCGGACAAAGCCUGGGCAGAGGCAGAGUGUGGAGGAGCAGGACUAUGUCGUCCACUGCUACGCCCGCUCCGAAGGCGUCGCCGGCGUCGUCAUCACCAAGGACUACCCCCACAUCGCCGCCCACAGCGUCCUCUCCAAGCUCAUGGACCAGUUCCUCUCCGAAGUCCCACUAUCCACCGUCCAGGCCGCCAAGAACAACGGCGAUGUUUCCUUCCCGGCGUUGAAGGACUAUCUGAACAACUACCAAGACGCAAACAAUGCGAGCAGCAUCGCCAAGAUCCAGCAGGAACUGGACGAGACGAAGAUUGUGUUGCAUAAGGCUAUUGAUAGCGUCCUGCAACGUGGCGAGAAGUUGGAUGACUUGGUGGCCAAGAGCUCUGAUUUGAGCGCGCAGAGCAAGAUGUUUUACAAGUCGGCUAAGAAGCAGAAUUCGUGCUGCUUGGUUAUGUAAUGGGGUGGUGUGGGUGGUGCGGCUAUGGCGGUUUAUUGAUACUGAGGUGUGAAAGGGGGGUGGAUUGCUGAACAAAGGGAACAAGACAUAUGGGACAGAUCUUUAUUGAAGAGUCAAGCAAGCGGGUUUGAAGAAAGGGUGGGGGGCAAGACUACUUUGUCAACUUUAUCUAGGGAGUUUCGGACUGGUUUAUUAACCGUUGAACGGGGGGAGUUUGUUAUAUUCAAGUAAUAAUCAGGAUUGCUGCUUUGUUUGCACCUCG